ACACAUGUUUCUCUAUGAUUAAGACAUCCAAAAUAACCCAAACCCAACCCCCCCCCUCUUUCAAUUUAAGGGGUAGAAACUACCAACACCAUUUUUUUGAGGUUAAAAGGUCAGGGAGAAUGAAUAGUCAUUUUCAUGGAGUCUAGAUCUUUCUCCUUAUACUAGCCUUUCUCAGUAUAUAAAUAUACCUCCUCCAUUUAUCACUUCCAAACUGAAGUAAUAAAAACUACUGACAUCUGUCCAACCUGUCCAGCCUCCCCCCUUUCCUUUCCCAGAAAAGAGUCUAGAAGCUCUAAAAGAAGAUGGCUGAAGCACACCAUUUGGACAUAUGGGAAGGCUAUGUAGAUUGGAGGAACAGACCUGCCAUAAAAGGCUGUCAUGGCGGCAUGCUUGCUGCUUCCUUUGUCUUAGUGGUGGAGAUACUGGAGAACCUGGCUUUCCUGGCCAAUGCAAGCAACCUUGUGCUAUACCUGUCUAAAUUCAUGCAUUUUUCUCCAUCCACUUCUGCCAACAUUGUAACCAAUUUCAUGGGCACCGCCUUCCUCCUUGCUCUCCUUGGUGGCUUUCUAGCUGAUGCUUACUUCACCACCUAUUGCAUCUAUUUGAUAAGUGCUGCCAUAGAAUUCAUGGGGUUACUGAUUCUCACAAUCCAAGCUCAGAUACCAUCACUAAGGCCACCAACCUGCCUUUCAGUGAGCACCAACAGUCCAUGCCAGGAAGUUCAUGGUGGGAAAACAGUGAUGUUAUUUGCAGGCCUCUAUCUGGUGGCACUUGGAGUUGGAGGAAUAAAAGGUUCUCUUCCCCCACACGGGGCUCAGCAGUUUGAUGAGACAACCCAACAAGGCCGGAAGCAGAGAUCUGCAUUCUUCAACUACUAUGUCUUCUGUCUCUCUUGUGGGGCUCUUGUUGCAGUCACGUUUGUGGUAUGGAUUGAAGACAAUAAAGGCUGGCAAUGGGGCUUUGGGAUUUCCACUGCAACAAUACUGAUCUCCAUCCCACUCUUCCUCCUAGGCUCUCCUAAAUACAGGACCAAAAUUCCUGCAGGAAGUCCAAUUACAACUAUGUUUAAGGUUAUUACUGCAGCAAUUUGCAAUGCCUGCAAAGCUAGAAAUCCUAGCAAUGCUGUCACCAACAUGGCCAUAACCCCAUCUUAUACAAAUGACCCUAGUGAGAGAGAAGAAAAGAUAAGUCAAACUCCAUCUGAGAGCCUCAAGUUCCUUAACAGAGCAGUGACUAUUAGACCAGUCCAUCCAAUGCUAAAAUGUACUGUAAAGCAAGUCGAAGAGGUGAAGAUAGUGUUAAAAAUUCUCCCUAUCCUUAUGUCUACCAUAAUGCUAAACUGCUGCCUAGCUCAACUCUCCACAUUCUCAGUGCAACAAGCAGCCACCAUGAAUACUCAGCUCGGUUCCUUUAAGGUUCCACCGGCUUCUCUCCCUGUCUUCCCUGUCCUCUUCAUCAUGAUCCUUGUCCCGGUUUAUAACCUUGCAAUCAUUCCAUUCGCAAGAAAAAUAACCAAAACUGAAAUGGGGAUCACUCAUCUACAGAGAAUUGGGAUUGGAAUAAUUCUUUCAGUCAUUGCCAUGGCAGUGGCUGCUGUGGUGGAAAUGAAGCGAAAGAACGUAGCAGCUAAAUAUGGACAACUAGACUCUGCUGAACCUCUGCCCAUCACAUUCCUUUGGGUGGCUUUACAGUACUUGUUCCUUGGCUCAGCUGACCUUUUCACAUUGGCUGGAAUGAUGGAAUUCUUCUUCACAGAAGCUCCAAUGAGCAUGAGAUCUUUGGCCACAGCUCUCUCUUGGGCAUCUCUAGCCAUGGGAUAUUAUCUUAGCUCAGUGCUUGUGUCCAUCGUCAACGAUGUCACCGGGGCGUAUAGGCACACACCAUGGCUAUUUGGCGACAACUUGAAUCAUUAUCACCUUGAGAGGUUUUACUGGUUGAUGUGUGUCUUAAGUGGAUUGAACUUUUUGUACUAUCUCUUAUGGGCCAGCCGCUACAAAUACAGAUCAACAGGAUCUGAUUUCAAGGAAAAUCAAAACCCAACAACCCUCUAAGAAUUAAACAGAGGUCAACCUUUCCCUUCCUUUCCAAGAAUCACCCGAUCAUAUGCCCAUUCCAUUUAAUAUAUAUGAAUAUAUGUGUGUGUUUGGAACCAA